CGGAGGCCCAGGCUCAAGGCAAAUUAUACGUGGGGAAUCAAUUUGAAGGAAAGAAAUUUGAACUCAGUUAAAGUGCCAGGUCCUGGGAAAGGAGCCCAGUCCUAUCUGAAGUCUGCAUCCUCUGCUGACAAACUCUGGGGGGAGCCUGGUUUAAGGAAAGGGGGCGACAGUGAGCACAGGUAGGAAGUGAAACGGCCCAAAGCAGGCCAUCAGAGAGAGGAAACACGAUGGACGGCAUGCAGUACUCUUGGUAUCUUUGAUUUUUUAAAGCCUUUAAAUGACUUCGAGGCCGAAGAGCUGCAGCAGAGGUGGCAUUCUGAUUGAUUAAGGGGGCUUUUGCCGGCCCCAGAAUGAAGUCACUCGAUUACUAAUCCAGCAAAGAGGGAACCCACUAUGCCCCAGUACACCAUCCUUUCCCGGUUCCUUUUGGCUGGGCAUAAAACCAUGCUCGCCAAUCCCACCUAAAACAGGAGGCAAGAAGCGAGCCUUCCGUGCAAGCAAGGGCUGUAACUGCCCUCCUGUUCUGCCCCAAGACGAAACAGGACCCUUGGAAGCCGAGAGAGGCGUAAGAAGUCUUUCUCGACUGAUCGCGAGCGCCUCGCCAGGAGCAAAGACAUUUAUCUGGCUGGCCCGCGGGCGCCGAGGAGGCCAGAGCGUGGAGGUCCAGGAUGGGCUUGCUGAAGGGCCUUCUCCGGGAAGGAAAACUGCUACUCUCCAUCUCGGUGCCUUUCCUGCUGCUGCCUCUGCCCUUGCUCCACCCCAGCAGCGAGGCUGCGUGUGCUUACGUGCUGAUCGUGACCGCGGUGUACUGGGUAUCGGAGGCAGUGCCUCUCGGAGCUGCAGCCCUGGUGCCCGCCUUCCUCUACCCGUUCUUCGGAGUCCUCCGCUCCAGCGAGGUGGCGGCAGAGUACUUCAAGAACACCACGCUGCUGCUGGUGGGCGUCAUCUGCGUGGCAGCCGCGGUGGAGAAGUGGAACCUGCACAAGCGCAUCGCUCUGCGCAUGGUCAUGAUCGCCGGAGCCAAGCCCGGCAUGCUGCUGCUCUGCUUCAUGACCUGCACCACGCUGCUGUCCAUGUGGCUGUCCAACACGUCCACCACCGCCAUGGUGAUGCCCAUCGUGGAGGCCGUGCUGAAGGAGCUGGUCAGCGCCGAGGACGAGCAGCUGGUGGUCCAAGACUCCGGCGCCGAGGAGGCUGAGCCCACCAGUCUGGAUGUAAACUGCAGCCAGCCUUCUCUGGAACUCAUCUUCGUCAGUGAAGACACCUCAAAGACAGACUUUACUUCUCUGAUGCAGAACAAGAACCUGAACGGUGCGCCCACCAUCGCCAACCCCGUCAAAACAGCAAACCACCAAGACAAGCCGCACCCGUCCCAGGAAAAGCCACCGGUCCUGACGCCCAGCCCCAGGACCCAGGAGCUCAACAGAAAGUACAAGUCCCACCACGACCAAAUGAUCUGCAAGUGCCUGUCUCUGAGCAUCUCUUACGCCGCUACCAUUGGGGGCCUGACCACCAUCAUCGGCACCUCCACCAGCCUCAUUUUCUUGGAACACUUCAACAACCAGUACCCAACGGCCGAGGUGGUCAACUUUGGCACCUGGUUCCUCUUCAGCUUCCCCAUCUCCCUCAUCAUGCUGGUGGUCAGCUGGUUCUGGAUGCACUGGCUGUUCCUGGGCUGCAAUUUUAAAGAGACCUGCUCUCUGAGCAAGAAGAACAAGACCAAAAGGGAAGAGUUGUCAGAGAAGAGGAUCCGAGAGGAGUACGAAAAGCUGGGAGCCAUCAGCUACCCCGAAAUGGUGACGGGGUUCUUCUUCAUCCUGAUGACCGUGCUGUGGUUCACCCGGGAGCCCGGCUUCGUUCCUGGCUGGGACUCUUUCUUUGAAAAGAAAGGCUUCCGCACUGAUGCCACAGUCUCCAUCUUCCUUGGCUUCCUCCUCUUCCUGAUUCCAGCGAAGAAGCCUUCCUUCGGGAAAAAGAAGGAUGGGGAGGACCGGGAGCCCUCGCCGAGGGCGGAGCCCAUCAUCACGUGGAAGGACUUCCAGAAGACCAUGCCCUGGGAGAUCGUCAUCCUGGUGGGAGGCGGCUACGCUCUGGCUUCCGGCAGCAAGAGCUCCGGCCUCUCCACCUGGAUUGGGCACCAGAUGUUGUCCCUGAGCAGCCUCCCACCGUGGGCAGUCACCCUGCUGGCGUGCAUCCUGGUGUCCAUUGUCACCGAGUUUGUGAGCAACCCCGCCACCAUCACCAUCUUCCUGCCCAUCCUGUGCAGCCUGUCCGAGACGCUGCACAUCAACCCGCUCUACACCCUGAUCCCCGUCACCAUGUGCAUCUCCUUUGCAGUGAUGCUGCCUGUGGGCAACCCCCCCAACGCCAUCGUCUUCAGCUACGGGCACUGCCAGAUCAAAGACAUGGUGAAAGCUGGCCUGGGGGUCAAUGUCAUUGGCCUGGUGAUAGUGACGGUGGCUAUCAAUACAUGGGGAAUUAGCCUCUUCGACCUGGACACUUUUCCAGCCUGGGCCAGUAACGUCACUGAUCAGGCCUAA